AGAAAAAAAAAAAAAAAUUAUUGUAUUAUGUAUGUUGUGGUUGUAGUAUUAUAUAUAGGACAAUGUACUAAGCUUGCAGACAAGUCCCUCAUUAGUUCCCUCCAUUAUUUCCACACCAAAAAACCAAAAGCCAAAGAUGGUUAAGUGGAGCCAAUUGCUUUUACUUAGCAUUAUUUCUCUGUUCUUGCACACUGGCACAGCAGAGCUUGUAGUACAAAAUGUUAGUGGCCUUAGUUGGAAAAACAAAGGAGUAGUAAGCAGUAGCAGGUGCAAAUUGUUUCAAGGUAGAUGGGUCAUUGACCCUUCUUUUCCUCUUUAUGAUUCCAAAAGUUGCCCUUUCAUUGACCCUGAAUUUGAUUGCCAAAAAUAUGGUAGACCUGAUAAGCAAUACCUCAAAUAUGCUUGGAAACCUGAUUCUUGUAACUUGCCCAGGUUUAAUGGAAAAGAUUUCUUGAUGAGAUGGAGAGGAAAGAAAAUAAUGUUUAUUGGUGACUCGUUGAGUUUGAACAUGUGGAAUUCUUUGGCUUGUAUGAUUCAUGCGUCGGUGCCCAAUUCCAAGACUGCCAUUUCUCGGAAGGAGUCAUUUUCUUCUGUAACAUUUCAGGACUAUGGAGUUACUUUAUUCCUUUAUCGAACCACUUAUCUUGUGGAUAUAGUAAGAGAGAAUAUUGGAAGGGUAUUGAAAUUGGAUUCCAUCCAACAAGGUGAUGCUUGGAAAGGAAUGGAUAUGUUAAUUUUCAAUUCUUGGCAUUGGUGGACUCACAAGGGCAACUCUCAACCAUGGGAUUAUGUACAAGAUGGAUCGAAGGUAUCAAAAGAUAUGGACCGUUUGAUGGCAUUUUACAAGGGUCUAACUACUUGGGCAAGAUGGGUUGACAGAAAUGUUGACUCCUCCAAGACCAAAGUCUACUUCCAGGGCAUUUCUCCAACUCAUUAUAUGGGUCAGGAAUGGGGAGCAUCACAAAAGAAUUGUAACUCAGAGCAAAUACCAUUAGAUGGAUCGACAUAUCCAGCAGGGACACCAGCAUCAGCUGUUGUAGUUAACAAAGUACUAAAUAGGAUGAAGACGCCAGUUUACCUCCUCGACAUCACCUUUCUAUCCCAGUUAAGGAAAGAUGCUCAUCCAUCAAUGUACAGCGGCAAUCACCCUGGUGUAGACUGCAGCCAUUGGUGUCUUCCCGGACUACCUGAUACUUGGAACCAGCUUCUUUACGCAUCACUGAUUAUACCAUCAGCUCAAAACAGCGAGCAAUCAGGUGCACGUUUCAAUCAUUGGCACAGUUCUGGAUUUCUAAAUAAUUGGAGCCAGCUUCUUUAUGCAGCAGCAGUUCUUCUCUGAGGAUGAACGAAUUAUUUUUACUGCUCAUAGUUUGUUUCUUUUCAUUGAUAUUGGUCUGUGUAUUAUUGGGGCCUAAGGCUCUGCUGUGAAAUUAUUCAUUCAAGGACAUACAAUAGCUUUUAGAUGUAAUAAGCACUAUGAUUGGGGAAUAGGGGUGCAUAGUAGUUUUGUUAACUUCUAGUUUCUAGCUUGAAGUUUCCUUUCAUUUUAUUAAGCAACUACAAAUAAAAGCAGAAUCUCUCUGCUUAUAUUGGACUCAGUCCUAGUAAUGGAAAAGCUUGUUAUCCAGAUAUGUAACAUCAUGUGUAAGUCAGUUUUAAGAUUCACAGCUAAGAGAUUUGCAACAUUUAGAUAAAA